CUCGUCGUCUUGGAAAAAGAUUCUUUGAAAGUCCCGCCCAAAUUUAAGACGACGAUGACUAAUCCAAUGGAAGUGGACCGAAUCAGCGAUGAAACUGGAGCAUAUCGAGAAGAAGCACUCUAUUACCUCGAAGCAUACGACUGGAAUUUAGCUCCGGCGAUGGAAGCUUGCGGCGUCAAAACCUUGCCUUCCGUCAAGGUCAAAUCUUCACCGGUAGUUUCAGUUACAGAGCAGUCCACGGCGGAGGAAUAUUCAGCUACUCCAUUAACGAUAAUUCCACCUCGGGUUUCGAAUCAGGAUCCAAGAUCGAUCAAUUAUCCAAGUCUGACUUCGAAUCCGUUGCCGCCAAGAAAAAGAAGCCAUUCAGGACGGGUUUUGAAUCCGCCGCAGGAACUAUCGCAUGAAUUGAAGCAAGAACGAAUCAAUCUAUUCCUAGCAGUGGCUUCUGAUUUGCCUUCACAAGAAGUCCUCUCUUAUCUCGAGCGCUUCAAUUGGGACGUGGAGAGAGCCGGGGCCCAAUACUAUGAGGAUCGAGAUCAGCAGCGUACUUCAUAUGAUCGUACGGAGAUUGAUCAGUCGUAUUUGCAGCGGUUUCAAGAGGGUUAUACGCCGAUGAUUGGGGUUUCGAAUUUGGAAGGAUUCUCACAAAAUGAAACAUCGACUAUGGAUUUGAUGCAGCAUAGUGCUCCGCCUCUUCCAUCGUUACAUUUACCUUCAGAAUCUCAGUUUCAUGAUUCUGUUGGUUAUCAAUUAGGGGACCACUCUUCUUCUUUUUCUGGAUUGAUGAACGUUGAUGUGGAUGAGUUUGGAGAUGUAUACGAUAUACCUAUAAUGUCUUCAUCGUCUCAAGUUCAGGUACUAAUCUUCUCUUUCUCUGCACUAUAUCUUUCUUCUGGUUUGCUCUGUUUCCUUAAGAUAGUCUUUACAAAGAAGGGAACUAACUCUAUGUUGAUUGAUGCACAUAGAAGCUUUGUGUUUGAUGAUGAAGGAACUUUAGAGAAAACGAGAAUUCAGGGAAGUAGCAGUUCUGCUCAAAACUUGGAAGACCACCCACCGCCAAACAAUAUUGAUAGAAUCUGCACUGAAACUGGUGUGUCUCGAGGUGAAGCAGUCUAUUACCUUGAAUCCUUCGAUGGUGAUUUGGCUUCAGCGAUAGAGGCUUGCCGCAGCAAAAACUUGCCUACCCUCAAGGUUAGAUCUUCGCCAGUGGUUUCGGUGAAUGAGAUAUCCGCGGUACCAGAGUGGGAGUCACCAACAGAGAGGCCACUGGUGAUGAAUUCUUGUCCGAUUUCGAAUGAGCUGCAGAUUCAGCCAGAGCAACUACCGCUAAACAAAGAGGAAAUCAUCAAACAAUUCUGUGAGAUUGUUGGAUUGCAUCCAGAUGUCGCAGUCGCUUACCUCGAGCGUUGCCAAUGGAGUUUACAAGUUGCCAUCGACUAUUUCAUGAAUGAGGCAUAUUUCACAGAGGAUGUAACAUCCAACCCGCCUCUUCCAUUGAUAGGACUACCUUCACAAUCACAGUUUCAGGCUUCGGGGAGCUCUUUUUCUAGUUUGACGAACAUUGACCCGACUGAUUUCACCGUAGCUAAUCUUCCAAUGGCAUCGUCUCAAGUGGAUCAACCUAGAUAUAUCUCUCUUGAUGGUCUUUCUUUGGAUGUGGCCUUUUUUGUUGUUGAGGAAGAUUUAAGCACGGAGACAUUUCUUGAUCCUCAGGCCAUCCAAGGCUGGACAAGUGUGGGGCAUGAAGCUGCACCGACUACAAUUACACUAACUAUCUACUUGGACGAUGGUGGGUCUGUGACACCGGUAUAUAUUCCUUUUAGAUCAGACCAAACCGUCAGAGACAUCCGCAAUGCCAUUGACGAGCUAACACCAGCUAACAACAGAUAUUACGAUUUGCGCUCAGUGGGUGGAGAAGAUGAUUGCAGGGAUAUGAAUGCAACUGUAGGCAAAAUUUGUAAGAGUGGUUCUACAACUCUCCACCAGGUCUUCCACAACACUUAG